AUGGCUGGUGCCCCACUUACUUCGCCUGUUCAGAUUAGUGGCCCAAGAUACACAAUGACACCAACUUGGUUGUAUGCUUUUCAGUCCACUUUCGCGGAGUCCAAGAUAAUCCAAGCAGCAUUGAACGAAUCAGUCCACGACCCGCAAUGGUCGGCUAUGCACGGUGCUCAGCAACCACCGCCGGCCGUGGAUGUUGUGUCCAGCCGCGUCGAGAGUCUGGGCCAAGAGCUCGUCAACUUCGCCCACCUGGCCAAAGCCCGGUUGCUGGCAGCCAGUGCUGCGGCGGACAUGGGUCCUUUCCGUCAAUGUAGUGCGUACGUCCCAGUGGCGCGUUUGCCAGCUCCGAGGAUUGCCGGUGUGGCAAGCACAGGCAUCAAGGAGCUAGCACCCAUGCAGCUGGAGGUUGAGAGCUCCACAGCCGAUCCAGGAACGCCGGAGCCUCCCUGGACACCGGUGUCCAACUCCUCGCCCUGGAAGGAGAUGCCACUGCCUGCGCGACCUGCUUCUGUUCCCGAACCUCCGUUGGCACCCGAGGCGUCUUGGGAAACUUCCGGAAGCUCUGGAGAGGCAGUCGAUGCUGAGAGUGCGACGGAAGCGAUCCCCAGCAGGUGGCCGCUGCAGGAUGACAGGCCGCUGCCAGACGACGAAGGGGCGGCUCCGACCCAGUGCGGCACUAGGGCGCGAUGGCAAUCGAAGACUGCAGCGACCAAGCUCGGCAAGAUGCCACUGCCUGCGCGACCUGCUUCUGUUCCCGAACCUCCGUUGGCACCCGAGGCGUCUUGGGAAACUUCCGGAAGCUCUGGAGAGGCAGUCGAUGCUGAGAGUGCGACGGAAGCGAUCCCCAGCAGGUGGCCGCUGCAGGAUGACAGGCCGCUGCCAGACGACGAAGGGGCGGCUCCGACCCAGUGCGGCACUAGGGCGCGAUGGCAAUCGAAGACUGCAGCGACCAAGCUCGGCAAGAUGCCACUGCCUGCGCGACCUGCUUCUGUUCCCGAACCUCCGUUGGCACCCGAGGCGUCUUGGGAAACUUCCGGAAGCUCUGGAGAGGCAGUCGAUGCUGAGAGUGCGACGGAAGCGAUCCCCAGCAGGUGGCCGCUGCAGGAUGACAGGCCGCUGCCAGACGACGAAGGGGCGGCUCCGACCCAGUGCGGCACUAGGGCGCGAUGGCAAUCGAAGACUGCAGUAACCAAGCGGCUCAAGGUGGAGAAAGCUUUCAAGCAGUUGAAGUCCGAGGUCACUCGGCUGCGUCGAAGGGUGCGGAAGCGAUCUCUAUCAGAUGAAGGUUUGCUUUUGCCGUCUGAAGCGCCGGCCCCUCUCCAGGCUCCGCCUCGGCCAGCGCCGAGGCUUCCAGCUCAAAGGAGCGUGGAACCUUUGGAGCACGUGCCCGGAUCGGAGGCGAGGGAGCGUGAGGAGCGUGGAGAAGGGCCACUCUCGCCCAGAUCCAGGUCGGAAAGUGCCAGUGAAAGCUCCGAGCAGCCGGCGCCCCUGGAGGAUGUGAGGACCCCCGGUUCGAGUGCGGGUCCUCCUUCGGACUACUGGGAGUCAGAUGAAGGGCCGCCCACUCCGGCCUACCAGAAGCCGCGGCGCCCGCGGCGGGUGUCACAGGCGGGUCCGGCCGUGACUUCCGCCGGCACCGGCCAAGGUCAAAUUAGCUCCUGCUCUCCUAUUCUCAAAGAUGGUAGUGAGCUUCUCACGGAGACGGCGGCGGAGCCUACGCCGCAGCAAAGCGAGCGCAAGGCGACAGUGAGGGAGAGCGCCAUGGCAGCGGGAGGCGACGAAUCUGCUCCCGCAAAGGGGCUCACCCAGACGCCCGAGAUGGGCUACUGGGUGCAAGUUGACGCCAUCCGUGGACUCCCGAGACUCGGGAAAGGCGGCUAUCAAGUCAAGGCAUACUGGUCUGCUCAUCCUGAUCAGGCAGUGGUCUUUGACACGCGCCCUGCGUCGUCGGCAGAUCAAGCCGGCGCUGAAGACUGCAUCAUAAGGGACCAGGUUCUGCUGCCCAGAGCAGCGCCGGGAAUGGCUGUGGUGGAGGUCUUGCACGAGGGGGCCUCAAGCCCAGAUUUCCGGACCGAGCUGAAUGUCUUGGACGCCUCUAAUCACAGGCUUCUCGAUCAUCAGCUUGCCGCCGAAAGCGGAUCUGGGAAGCCCAGUAUUCAUUUGAGGAUUUGGCCUCAUCCGCUCAGACGAGCGUCACAGCUUGGAGGGGCCGGACAUGCCAAAGAAGGUGUCGCCGCUGUUGCAGCUACGACCCUGCAGUCCUGCCCGAGCGAGUCGAGCCUCGCAGACGAGGAGGAAGCUGUCAGGGGGAUUUCUGCAGAGGCUCUGAUCGACGUAUACGUAUCCCGCAGGCUUUGGAGGGCCCUGGCAUUGCCACCCCCUGCUCUGGAAGAAGCAAGGCCUCUUCUGGGGCCGCGUUGCUUUCCAAGGACCCUGUCUUGGAAGAAGCGCCCGCUGCUAGCGGGACGUGAAGACGAAGGUGCUGUGAACCUCGACGAGACCCUCACCGUGGAAUCGGCGAGCCUUGCAGAAGGCGCUCUCGUGCAGAGGCUCCUGGAGCUCAAUGACGAUGUCGUGGCACUGCGUGAGGAGCUGCGGCGCCUGAAGGGCGGUGCCUCGCUGACGGAGCUUCGGCUCUUUGUGGCGAGUGCAGCAGAGCUUCAGGCCAAAGCUGGCAUCCCGCAGCACCUUCUAAAGAAGGAGGCUUUGAAGGAGGCCGGCAUUCCUGUGGAGGAGGUGGAGGAGGCCCGACGGCUGCUGAUGGCCGUGACCGCUACCGAGGAGGCGGCUUCCCAGUGUCGCCGAUGCCUAGCGGAGGCGCGACACGCCUCUCCAGCUUCCGAGCUAAGACAGCUUCUGGCAAGCUGGGAGAAUCUGAGGAAAGCCGAGAGCAGUUUGAAAGAAGGGCCGCAGAAGUCCGGUCUCAAUGUGGACCUCGAGUCGGAGCGCCGUCUGCAAUCCCUCAGACCGCUUUGUGAAGCAUUGUUGGCAGAGGUUGACAUUGCCGGCGAUGACCAGGCGUGGUUCCGCAGUGCUUUGCAGAACAUGGGCAUCCAGGUACCGGUCAAUGCAGGCCGCGAUGCCGAAGGCCCUCAAUUGCCCACGCGCGGCAGGCCCUGCGCAACAGGGAUGCCAGCAGCGGCGCUGGCAGCCGCCGCCGAGGCAGCGGUCGCUCGCUCUCGCUCGCCGACGCCUCCGCCCGGUAUCCGCCCGGCCAACACUGCGGAUAUGGGCAGCGCAGUGCGCGGCAAGGCAAUCGUCCUUGAAGAGGAGGUGACUUUCGCGGGUCCUGGGCUGAGCAGCUUUAUCGAAAGCCAGCGGGAGGCGCUCUCUCGGCAGCGCCAGCUGCAGGGACCGGAGCGAGAAGCAGUGCCCAGCAAGGCCUAUGCGGAGAAGGACUCCGUCGUGCCCGCGAGUGCUGCAGGGUCGCCAGAGCUUUGGCAUGCAGUCCACAUUGGCAAUGAGGCUUUGAUAAGUCGUCUCAUUCAACAAGGCCUUUGUAACGGAAGGCAGAAGGAUGCCUCGGGACACUCCGUCCUCUGGCAUGCCAUCGCUUUUGGCCACAUAGGGAUCGCUCAGCUAAUGUUGGAUUCUUGUCCCGCUGGCGAGCCAGGUGGCGUUGAUGCUUCGGAGGUGCAUCCGCGCAAAGGGGAUACAUUUCUGCAUCUUCUAUGCCAGUGCAGGCCCUUUACGAAAGAGACUGCCGGCCUCUUCAAGCGCGUGGCUGAAGCAGUCCCGGCAGCUCUCUUCAGCAAGGCGAACGCGAACGGACAAAGCUUCCUGGCGUUGGCCGCCGCAACACUGAAUUUUUGGGUUUUGAAGCACGUCGCCUUGAGAUAUCCAGAGCAGAUGAAGGUGUUGAUCUGUUCACCAGAGGCGGACCAGGGGAAGCCUCCCCUGCGCCAGCUGCUGCAAAGCUUGCCGAAUCCGCGUCAGCCAGGCUUCCCGCAGUCUGCCAAGAUCCCCGAGCACUUUGCCGUGGCGUCAAUGUUGAGUCCGGACUCGACAGGGCGGGUGCCUUUUGCCGACGUCGCCUUCGACGUCACCACGGGCCCAGACACUCACAGCAGGUUCCUCGCCCAUCGUGUGGUCGUGGGGGCGCAGAGUCCCGUGCUGCUGAAGGAGCUGGAGACCCUGCCCUUGGUGGAGCUGCCGCAGGAAGGGAUCACAGCUGCUGUCUUCAAGGUCGACCGCCGGAUCUCCAAAGAUGUGUGGAGGGCCGUUCUGCAGUUCUUCUACACUGGAAUGGUGCAUUGCCCCUUCGUGGAAGAUCCUGCCAAGCUGGUUGAGCUCUUUCGCGCAGCUGCCAUCUACAAGCUGCCCAAGGCUCUUUUGGACCUGGCACAAGCUGCCCUUUUUCCGCUACUGCCCUCCAGCCCCGGUUUGGCUCUCGAAGUCUUCUCGAUCAGUGCUGGUGCAAGUGGUGAAGGAGUGGACGUGGCGUCGUUGCGUCUAGCAUCAACAUUCGUGCUUCUGGGUCACGCCUCGAAAGUGUUUGCUGACCUGGCGCCAGAAACUGUGUCGGGCGUUCUGGAGCGUCUCUUAGCCACUUCUGAGCAGGCGAUAUUUUCGGCGCAGCAGGAACCAUAA